UAUGUGUUACACAAGAAAUAAGGCCAACCAGAGGCAGCCACAUCUAGGAUAGGUUGAAGAGGGGAACCACUUCUCCAGCUGCUGAGUCCAAUUUCUCUGAGGUGUUUGUCUGCUCUCAAUGGCUUUGGUUGGCUGUGCAGCAGAGAGACUCUCUCUCUGUUUACUUCUAUGGCUCAUUACACUCACUUCUUGUCAAGGUAAGAAGAAUUUCUGGGAAGAUAGAUAUCCAUUCAUCAAACAAGCAAGCACUUUUUCACCAUCACCAUCAUCAUCAUCAGCUACAUCACACGGUGGCUACAAGGCGUAUGACUACAUAAUUGUAGGGGGUGGCACAGCUGGGUGCCCCUUAGCUGCUACCCUCUCUCAGAAAUUCAAUGUGUUAUUGCUAGAAAGAGGGGGUGCACCUUUUGCCAACCUCAAUGUCUCUCAUUUGAGAAACUUUCACAUCUCUCUAGCAGACAUUUCACCAAGAUCUGCUUCCCAAACUUUCAUUUCAACUGAUGGGGUCUUCAAUGCUAGGGCUAGAGUCUUGGGUGGAGGCACUUGCAUCAAUGCUGGCUUCUACACCAGAGCAAGCUCAAGUUAUAUUAAAAAAGCAGGUUGGGAUGCUAAACUGGUGAACGAGUCAUACCCAUGGAUUGAGAAGCAAAUUGUUUACCAGCCAAAGCUUGGGCCAUGGCAGACAGCGGUGAGGGACAGUCUUUUGGAAGUUGGGGUCUUACCCUUCAAUGGAUUCACCUAUGAUCACCUAAGUGGAACCAAGGUUGGGGGAACCAUUUUUGACAACUUUGGUCGCCGUCACACAGCUGCAGAGCUACUUGCUUCCGCGAAUUCCGAGAACCUUCAUGUUUUGAUUCAUGCUACAGUACAAAAGAUCAUAUUCAAUGUAACAGGGAAAAAACCGAGGGCAGUAGGAGUGAUCUUCAUGGAUGAACAUGGGACACAACACCGAGCAUUUCUUGCAAAGAGGCCGAGCAGUGAGAUAAUAGUGUCGUGUGGAGCAAUUGGAAGCCCUCAGCUGCUGCUACUCAGUGGUAUUGGACCUAAGGCUGACCUCAAGAAGAUGAAUAUUUCAGUGGUGCUUGACAAUGAGUUUGUUGGGAAAGGCAUGUCUGAUAACCCCUUGAAUACUGUUUUUAUUCCCGCUAAUCAACCUGUGGAGCAGACACUGAUACAGACUGUAGGGAUUACCAAGAGGGGUGUGUACAUUGAGGCUAGCAGUGGAUUUGGGCAGUCUUUGGAUAGCAUUCACUGCCAUCAUGGAAUUGUAUCAGCUGAGAUUGGGCAGCUCUCUACUAUACCUCCAAGACAGAGAACACAAGAAGCCAUUCAGGCCUACAGAAAAAACAAGAGAGACCUUCCCCGUGAAGCAUUCAUGGGAGGCUUCAUUCUAGAAAAGAUUGCCAACCCCAUUUCAACAGGCCACCUCAGCCUGAUCAACACCAACGUCAACGACAACCCCUCUGUCACCUUCAACUACUUCAGCCAUCCGGAUGAUCUACAGCGAUGCGUUGAAGGUAUUCGUAUCGUGGAGAAGCUUGUGAGCUCCAAACACUUCACAAACUUCACACUGUUUGAUAGACAAUCAGUGGACAAGCUGAUCAACAUGAGUGUGAUAGCUAAUGUGAACCUUAUACCAAAACACACUAAUGACACAGAGUCAUUGGAGCAGUUCUGCAAAGACACUGUGAUCACAAUUUGGCACUACCAUGGUGGGUGCCAAGUGGGCAAGGUGGUGAGCCCUGAGUACAAGGUACUCGGCGUCCAUGGACUCCGUGUCAUUGAUGGCUCGACGUUUAUCAAUUCGCCAGGCACUAAUCCACAAGCCACUGUCUUGAUGAUGGGCAGGUACAUGGGAGUGAAGAUUUUAAGAGAGAGACUAGGAAGAGCAGCUGGUAUAUAAAGACCGAUCAAGACCCCAAUUAAGGGCAGAUGCAUGUGUAUGUUGUGAUACGGAAAUGUAAUUUUGUUAGUCUAAUUGUUAGUGAGCAAUUAUAUGUAGAGAUAGGUUUGUCAAAAACCAAUAUUGGUUUCCACUUCUUUUGUAUCUAUGGUUUGUAUGAGAACAAUUUUUAUUUUAUGAAGUCACGUGUUGGUCUGUUUGCUGAUUCA